AUGGCUCCCUCAUUUAUAACCAUUGACUCCAACGAUAUGGACGUGGAUUUCUCCACACCCAAGCCAGUCCAGGCCAAGCGCACCCUCCUCCUGGCACCCCCCUCCAUUGCCACUCACGAGGACAAACUCCGCGGUCUCUUCAGCACCUUCGACCGCUCCACCACAGACCUGCAAAUGCUCGACCGACUCUCCGCAGGCCUCGUCUCCCUCCCCGCAACAACCUACGAUCUCGUCCUCAUCCUCACCGACACAGACGGCACACGGCGCUCCGAGGCGCUGAAACUCCUCACUCGAGAUGUAUACGCCACCCUCGUCCCCGCCAUGAAGGCGGGCGCAAAGCUGCAAACCCAAGACUCAGCACUCAAUGCCUCAGACGCAAUGGAAGCCGUCCUGGCCGGUCUCGUGCAGUCCGAUAACGGCUUCGAGAAACCAAACUUCGAUCCCUCCGCCGCGGUCCCUUUAAAAUUCGGCCUGAAGAAGAAAAAUAAGCCUACCCCGCCCACAGCAGUCCCUAUUAUCCCCAGUUUCCCCACAGGAUUCGCCGCGCCGAUGGGAAUAGACUCGCCGACUAAUCACGAUCGCGACGAUGAUGACGAGCUCAUUAAUGAAGAUACGCUCCUUUCCGAGGAGGAUUUAACAAGACCCAUAAUGCCGCCCCCAGAGUGCCAACCCAAGACCGGCCGCCGGCGACGCGCCUGCAAAGAUUGUACCUGUGGUCUAGCCGACAAGCUCGAAGCAGAGGAUAAGGAGCGUCGCGCAAACGCAGAUAAGGAAUUGAACGUCAUGAAGCUGGAUACGGGCGACUUGACCGAAUUGGACUUCACCGUUGAGGGCAAGACUGGUUCUUGUGGAAGCUGUGCUCUGGGUGACGCCUUCCGUUGUGACGGUUGUCCUUACAUGGGUCUUCCUGCCUUUAAGCCGGGACAGGAGGUUCAGAUUCUGAAUGAUAUUGCGCAGCUUUAA